UCGAUGGCGGACACGGAACGGUUGGUAUAGUAGUCAAUAGUAGUUGGCCAUGCCCAACAAUGCCCAACCAUGCCAGGCCAUGCGGUCAUCGCGAUGAGUAAACACGUGUCGCGUCACGGCGUGCCGGAUCAUCGCGUAAUAUAUCAUAUCAUAAUCCGCGCCAAACGACGAUGAUCGUCGCCUGAAUCGUGCGCUCGUUCUCGAGGCGGCGACAGUUGUUACAAUCCAAUGUUGCGCGGGUCAGCGCGAGUGUCCGUGAGGGAUACGCGUCUGUCCACGUUUGUCGAUGAUGCUCGAUAGGCGGGACGUUAUUAGGCUAGAGUUGCAGUACUCAACUUAAAGCGAGGUGAAUAUAAUUUUUUUAUCUGGAAAUAAACGCGAUAAGCGCGCGUGACUUAUCACGUACGUGGCUUCUUUUCUAAUUGAACACCGUUGCGGAAGGAGAUCGAAAUUAACUAACUUCUGAUACCUCGUUCUGAGUAGUUGAGACCAUACUUGAUACCCUUAUAAAGCUUGCUAAAAAUGUCUACUGAAUUGGUCGAAGUUGGACCUCAUGAAAUAAACCGUGCAAUGUCACUGGACUCUGAAUACGAUGACGCUUUGGAAGUACCUGACUCAUUAGAAAUAAGAAUUGACGAAAAUGGCGAGACAAUACAAGUUUAUAAGCAAGAGAGCAUGGAUAGUACAGCAUGCACAGAUAGUAGAGAAAUCCCUGGUGUAGUACCAUUCACUGUUAUACACAACACAUCAACUAAGUUCAAAAGUCAAACUCGCAAUGUGUUUAUUCCUGGUGAGGAAGUGCACGUGAAAAUCAUAGAUAACCAGCGUAGUGUGACCACACAUCCCUUGAACCCGAAUCUGUACACCAUAGAAUUUAAACACGGGCCUUUUGUCUGGACUAUUAAAAAGCGAUACAAACAUAUUCAAUACCUGCAUAAUCAACUGAAAUUAUAUCGUGCUAGUUUGAACAUACCUUUCCCUACAAAGAGUCACAAAGAAAGGAGGAACAGCAUGAAAAACCUUAGAACUUCGAACGAGAAAAAGAGCAGACGAAAUGCUUUGCCAAGGUUUCCUAAUAAGCCUGACAUUCUAGUGCCUUACGAGCAGUUAAAUCAGAGAAGAAAGGAACUAGAGGAUUACCUGAGUAACUUACUCAACAUAGAAAUUUACAGGCGUCAUUCUGAAACCAUCAAUUUUUUGGACAUUUCACAUUUGUCCUUCGUGGCUGACUUAGGAAUGAAAGGGAAAGAAGGUACGAUUUUAAAACGGACUGGAUCAGGCGCCAAAACAGGAUGCAAUUUAUUUGGCCUAUAUGAAUGUGGGUUCUGUAUCAAGUGUAAUUUUUUCCGUACCUCUCUUUGUGGCAAAUGGCAAAAGAGGCAUCUUGUCGUUAAAGAGACCUUCGUUGCAUAUCUCAAUCCUAAAGAUGGAAGAGUAAAAUCUGUUAUCUUGAUGGAUAAUGGCUUUGGAAUCAGUCUUGGAGUAUACACUACGGGUUCACGUAGCGGCAUGCAGAUUGCGAAUCUGAGUAGACAUAUAGUUAUCAAGUGUUGGACGAAACGAAAAGCCAAGGAAUGGAUGGAGUUUAUACAAGAAAUUAGUAAUAAGGAAGGUAAAGAUUUUAUACAAACAAAUCCACACAACUCAUUUGCUCCAUAUCGUUCAUACAUAUCCGCGACUUGGUUCGUGGAUGGGGCCGAUUAUAUGUCUGCCGUAGCAGAUGGAUUGGAAAACGCCAAAGAAGAAAUUUUUAUCGCAGAUUGGUGGCUUUCACCAGAAAUUCACAUGAAAAGACCAAUGUCUGGUGGAGAUUAUUGGCGACUGGAUAAAAUUUUACAAAGAAAAGCUGCUCAAGGUGUCAAAAUAUUCGUACUAAUAUAUAAAGAAAUCGAAGUCGCUUUAGGCAUAAACAGUUACUACAGCAAACAGAAACUUGUAGAACAAUGUCCUGAGAAUAUAAAAGUACUGAGACAUCCAGAUCACGCGAGGUCAGGCGUGUUUCUUUGGGCGCAUCAUGAAAAAAUCGUAGUCAUUGAUCAAUCUUUAGCAUUUCUCGGUGGCAUUGAUUUAUGUUAUGGUAGAUGGGAUACCAAUGAACACAGAUUGACAGAUUUAGAAUCGAUUCAUCAAUCAAGCAUCUACAUUCCUUCAAGAGACAAGCUAACUAAUACUAGUAGUAAAAAAGUAUUAGGCUGCACAGAGAGACAUGUGCUGUUAACAUUAGCAAUAGCAACGAAUACUAUCGUUAUGGCGACUACAAGAUCUAUGCCUUUGUUGCCAAUGAUGGAUGAAGAGACACAAAAGGAUUUAGCACUGUCAACGUUGUCAACGGAUAAUUUACUAUUUAUGCUGCAAGAAAAGGGAGACGGUGUCAAGUGUAAUACUCCUGAAAUGCAAAGGAAGAAUCUGUUCGAUGUCGCCAAAACAACCGUUGAUAAAAUGAAGAACACUGUGAAAGUGAAGAGGCAAGAAUUCAUUAAUAUGGUAUACACUUCUCACGAAGCGGACGUCGAUGAGGAUGAAGAGAACAAACUUGCACCAACCAAAUCUAGCGAUACAGUGGACUGCGGUUUCAAGUCUACGACAAAAUUGUGGAUCGGUAAAGACUACACAAAUUUCAUUGUCAAAGACUUUAACGAUCUCGAAAGACCGUAUCAGGAUCUAGUAGAUAGAACUACUACUCCUAGAAUGCCCUGGCACGACAUUGGAGUUUUAGUGCAAAACGCUGCCGCUAGAGAUGUGGCUAGGCAUUUUAUACAGCGCUGGAAUGCCGUCAAGCUAGAAAAAGCAAAUCAGAAUUUGGGUUAUCCUUACUUAUUACCGAAAUCAUACAAAAACUGCAGGAGCUACGCUCCGUUCAUCAAAGAGGCAAACAAGCACAAUAUCAAAUGUCAAGUGCUGCGAUCGGUGAGUUCUUGGUCGGCUGGUUUUCUCGAUUCAGAGACUGUAGAGCGAAGUAUACAAGAAGCUUACAUUCAGGCUAUUAGUGAAGCAGAAAGAUAUAUAUACAUAGAAAAUCAAUUUUUCAUAUCGCUUGCCUCCGUGGAGAAGGGUGGCGUGAAAAAUCAAAUUGGUGAGACGUUGUUGAAAAGGAUCUUGAGAGCGCACAGGGAAGGUGCGGUGUUCAGGGUAUUUGUCGUAAUGCCUUUAUUGCCAGGCUUCGAGGGAGAAGUUGGAGGGCCAAGCGGAAGGGCGUUACAAGCAAUAACUCAUUGGAAUUAUAAUUCUAUAUCGAGGGGAAAGGACGCUAUUCUAAAUCAGCUGUUGGAGGCAGGUAUAGAAGAUCCUAGCGAAUACAUCACAUUCCAUGGCUUAAGGACUCGUUCUAUGUUAAACGGUACGUUGGUAACGGAGCUUAUCUACGUUCAUAGUAAGCUAAUGAUAAUAGAUGACAACACGGUGAUCUGUGGAUCAGCUAACAUAAAUGACAGAAGUAUGGUUGCUACACGAGACAGCGAAAUAGCUGUAAUAAUUCAUGACCAGGAGUUUGAGGAUGGACGCAUGAAUGACAUACCCUUUCCUUCUGGCAAAUUUGCUUCCUCCUUAAGAAAACAAUUAUUCCGUGAACAUCUAGGAUUACUGAAUACUAAAGAGAACAUCAAUAUCGAUGACGCCAUUAUAAGAUCAUUCUACAAGGACAUAUGGUGCGCUAGAAGCAAACGAAACACGGAAAUAUAUGAAGAAGUAUUUCACUGUAUUCCCACUGAUAAAGUAGUCAAUUUCUCUAUAUUGAAACAAUAUCAAGAAAAAGUACCUCUUUCCAUAUCCGACCCGUCAUUAGCGCAAGAAAUGGUAAAGAAUAUAAAGGGUCACUUGGUCGAUUUACCAUUAAAUUUCUUAUGCAAUGAAGAUUUAAAACCUGCUGCUAGGACAGUAGAAGGAAUAAUGCCGACUGCGUUGUGGACGUGAGUUUGGGCUAUGACAAUAGUGAAUGUUUCUAAAAAUUUAUUAUAAUUAUUGGUCAUAAAUUGAUAAUAAGAAUUUUUUAUAAAUUUGUUUCAUAACUCAAACAAAGUAUGUAAAAGGUGAUUCUUUUGUUUAUUUCUACAUGGCAUUUACACUAAGAAGCAAAUUGAUUUUUUUUAAUCAUUGGAUACAUUUCAUAUAGAUUAAUUUUUGUUGAUUUAUUGUAUUGUUUUAUGUGACAACGGCUGGUCGGAUUUUCACCGGCACGCGACUUAUAUCUACUUUAAAAUAUGAUAAUAUUUACUUUAGGUACAAUAAUUCUUAAUAUUUCAAAUAAUAUUUCAAAUAAUUUUUUUGUAAAUAUAGAGUAUUAUAACAGAGUAUUUAAUAUACAUAUAAUGAAGAUUAAUUACGUUUAUUUGAUAUUGUCAAAACAUAAUUAGUUGCAUUUUUGUUAUGUUAAAUGUUAAAUAAAAUUAUUUUUUAAACAUAUCAAGAACUCUAAAACUUCAGCUAGAAUUCUAUUUUAAUUAUAUAAAAAUUUAAAAAUAGUAUAUUAAUUUCACAAAAUGAAUAUAAUUACAGUUAUUUAUUAAAAUCUAGUUUCUUUUUAUAUAUAAUAGGCAUUACUACUUAAUGAGUAUUACAAAAUUUAAUACUUAAUAAAAUUUGAUUAAAAUUAGUUAUAUUAAUUAAUAAUUCAAUAUGUCUACCAAUGCAAUCACAUAUGUGUGUAAGCAAGCUAACCAAAAAAUUACAUCUGCAAAGAAGAUGCAAAUACUUCAAGAUACACUAAAAUCUUCUAUAUGUCAAAUCUUUACAUCUUUCAAAUCGCCUAUUUAUUCAACAUGAACCUGUGGAGGAAAGACAUUUCCUCAAUAAAGAUACAAAUAGUUCAUAAUAAAACUGUACAAUAGACGAGAAUUAUAUAACUCUAUGUAAAAUACAGGAGAUCUUAGUGUAAACAUAUUAUAGAAAGUUAAUAAACUUGUAUGUAACUGUUACAUUAUUAUAACAAAGCAUAACAUUCUGUGACAUUCCAUCUGAUUUAUGCAGUUAUAAUAUUUAAUAUAUUAAUAUAUAAUAUAUACUAAAUGAGAUUGAUGAAAGUGAGAAAAGAACCAUAUAUAUUAUAUUUAAAACGAAAAAAUGAUAACUUUUUAUAUUAUUAUGAAUUAUGUCUAUUAUUAGGGAAAAAAUGCUAUUAAAAAAGUUAUUUUUAUUAAUGUAAUAAAGCGAUGUAAUUAUAAUUGAUUAUGACAUAAAAUUUUAUUGAUACAAUAUUAGAGAAAGUAACAAAAUGUGCAAUUAAAAGCAUUAAUUCAUUACAAAUAUACAAAUAGACAAACUUUGAAAUAAACAGCAACAUUAUAAGCUCUUUGUAUGUAUAAAUUGUGCAUUUAACAGCUGAAAUAAUUUUUAAUAAUUGUUUUGUACUUAACACAUUUUAAAUUGCUAAAAUCAAGAUAAGAUGUACAAGUACAAAUUCGAAAAUUUGAAAAAAAGCGCCAAUAAUAUAUAGUCUUCCAUUGUAAUAUCUAAAAGAUUUUGUAUAAUGUAUAUUUGUGACUGAUCUUCUGAAUUCUCUUGCCACUUAUGUAAAGAAAAUAUUGCCAAUGUUUGAAUACCCAUGUGAUGUAUACAAUUGAUAUUUUAAAGAAAUAUUAUAAAAUAUGUAUCUAAUAUUUUACGAUGCAUUUAUUAAAUAAAAUGUAAUAAAUUUGGAGACAAUAUA